AUGCCAUUGAAUUCCAAAUGGAAGCGAAAUCAGCCAUCGACAGUUUACGAAAACAAUUACAAUUGUGGGAUUAAUUAUUAUCAGCCGAUGAUCGAUUACAUUGAUCAGAAAAAUCGUAAGAUUGUUAAAGAUCCCCAGUAUCCAGAAAUGCCAUGGGCUGAUGAACGGUUUUUGUGGGAACGAAAACGCGUAUUACCUUACACAGCCGACGAAUUAAUCCAACACGCCAUUGAGGCGGAAGAACAUGCCAAAGAUCAUCUGUCUCAUUUUAAGAUAGCAAAGCGCUCGGACUUUAGUUUGAAAAAAGCUGUGGAAGCAACCCACGUAACAAAAGAAAUACUUCCGACGAAUAUUGAAGAGACAACAAAAUCUAAAAGAAACGAACGCCCGAUACCGCUGGACGUGACAAUGGCCGACUUGAUGGUGCAAACAGUAAGAAACAAUGAAAAAAUGAAACACGUUAAACAGGCAUUAGAGCACAGCGUACGUUUACGUGGUAAAUCCGCGAGAGCUAUUGAAUUCGAAUUGAGAGCUGAGUCGGCGAAAAAUUUAUCCGGCACAACAGAGCUAGCGGAUAUCAGAAAAUACCAACGGGAAGCGAUGCAAGCUAUGUGGGAUGAGCGUGAUCACGUUAGAAUGAUGGAGGAUCGUACUAAAUUGUUGAAAGACGAAGAAAUUAGAUUGACUGCGCCUUUGGAUGAUUUGUCCCAGGAAUUAAAGGAACUUGAAAUAAAGUCUAGCAAUUAUUUCAUAGACAAGAGGUAG